AGCCUUAGGGAACACUGGACACACAAAACAUACUUGGUUUGUUUACUAAAUUUACAGCGGUUUUGCACCUACCUUUGACCCUUUCAUCCUUUUUUAAGGUAAACUACACCAUAAUAAUUUAACUUUCCUGUCUUCGUAAAGCUGGAAAUUGUUAAUUUUUCAUACUGUAAGCUUUCUGAGGCAUUUCUUAAGUGAGAAGGCUACCUGUUCCCCUUGUUGUUGUCUUCAUACAUUUCCUCCAUUGACUAUUCGAAAACGGUGCUAUAAGCGGACACCGUGUUUCAUUUUGUACUUUAGUUUGUAUCUUGUUCACUCGAACCGUGUAUUGGACACAUUUUGAAACCGCCUGUUGGCCAAGUUGACCGGAUUAGUGACGAAGUCUGUCACUCUCUUCCCGUUCCCUUCCGUCUAUUCCUGUAUUUCGAUCUAAAGAAAAGAAAUCGCUUGCUUUUGAGACACAGUCAACUCUGUUUUGUGACCACUUCAUGUCCUAAUUCAUGAUUAAGCCUUCUUGCUGACUGUUCUCCCUUCCCCUUAUUGUCUGCCUUAUCAUUGUACCUUGUUCUGUUUCCAUUUUCUCUCUUUCUUCCUCUCUUUCCCAUUCCUAAUAUUCUCCGCUGUCACUCUGUUCUAUACCCGUUACAAAGCACACACAACCUUGGCAUCAGGAUUUUCCUAUCAACACUGCACCUUUGUCUCGUGUCCUCCUUUUACCUCUACGUCUUUUCCAUAAUUUCCUAUUUCCUUGAUACACACUCACACUCAUACACUUCAAUUCCUAAUGAUGGAACGGAAAGAAAAACCAAUGUCUUUUAAAAACUUUGGUCUGUUCUUUAAGAAGACUGCUACCGAAUCCAACAGCUCAACCAUCAAUCGCAGUCGGUCACAACAGAACCAGCGAACAAAAUCUGCUGAGACAUUCACCGACCUACCGGGUUUGCGAUUAACUAAAACACGAGCUGAGACUAGUAGUAACGCAACCUCGCCAAUUAGCAGUUAUCCCAUCAAUCGUUCUUCCUCGUCUCUUGACUUUGGUACGAACAGAAAGCUAUCCUCCAAAUACGCCCGGUAUAUGUCACAAACUGACGAGGAUUGGGGUCUUCCCAAUUCUAAUACGUCUUUCACUAAAAAUACGCGGUUCAACGGAGCGUCAGCUACUUCUUCCACAAACAACUCUAGCUCUCGGCACCAUCGACACGGAGUUCAGUGUGCCACGGAUUCUAAUUCUGCGCGGAAGUACAUUGACAUGUUUGAAAAAAAUGCUCUCAAACCGAGUCCCAAGUCUGCUAAUCAGACUGCUGAAGCAGAAGUCGCGCUUAUAAACUGUCAAAUGUCGCGCAUAAAAAAGUUUACUCGUGUUCUAGAGGCACCAGUGGUAGAUUUAAUCGCACUGCGGACUCUAUCGUGGAACGGGGUUCCACCGGAAUUGAGACCGAUCGUAUGGAAGAUGCUCCUUGGGUAUGCUCCAUCAAAUGCAUCUCGCAGGGAUUCGACGCUGGAAAAAAAGCGUGAAGAUUAUUUUGCUAUAAGAGAUACGCUUUUUCACACAGAAGGAGAGUACGGUCACUUGGAUCAGGCUUUGUGGCACCAAGUAGCAAUUGAUGUACCACGCACAAAUGCAUCUAUUCCAUUGUAUCAAAAUCCAGCAACUCAACGCAUCCUUGAACGGAUAUUGUACAUUUGGGCUACUCGGCAUCCCGCGAGCGGAUACGUUCAAGGAAUCAACGACCUUGUAACACCCUUUUACCAAGUCUUCCUUUUACCUUACACACAGCCUUACGAUCCUGAAACCUUUGAUGUCCGACAGCUUACAAAAAGACAGCUUGAUGAGGUUGAAGCCGAUUGUUUCUGGUGUCUCAGUAAGCUGCUCGAUGGCAUUCAAGACAACUAUAUUCAUGCACAGCCCGGAAUCCAGCGCCAGGUCAUGAAACUUCAGGAGCUCACAUACCGUAUCGAUGCACCGCUGGCAAAACAUUUACAAUCUGAAGGUGUGGACUUUCUUCAGUUCAGCUUUCGAUGGAUGAAUUGUUUGUUGAUGCGCGAAUUAAGCAUUGAAAACAUUAUACGCAUGUGGGAUACUUACAUGGCAGAAGGGCCUGAUGGCUUUUCUGAUUUUCACUUGUAUGUCUGUGCUUCUUUCCUAGUGAAAUGGUCGUCAGAACUACAAAAAAUGGAAUUCCAAGAGAUACUUAUUUUCCUACAAUCACUUCCUGUAGCUUCUUGGACAGACUCUGAUAUUGAACUGUUGUUGUCUGAGGCUUUUUUAUGGAAGUCUUUAUUCAGUGGGGCUACAGCCCAUUUACGACAAUCAUGAAUGAAAUCACGGAGGCUUCCGCCCUAGUUACAAUCAGUCUGGUAAUCCUUUACACUAAUUUAAUAUGUUAUAACUGUGUUUGUAAACGAGGCCGCGGAAUCGGCACCUGAUGAUUACGGAAAAUCAACG